UCAUUUAAAUUUAUUUCAGGUGCUGAAAUGGAACGAAUAUGUGUGGUUCUUAUGCUUAUAAGUAAGCCUUUGCUGGUGGCGGGACAAUUCAAUAGGUACAACUGCGAUGCCAAUCACCACAGCCGGUUCCCCGCGGAGCGGGACAUCAGCGUCUACUGUGGCGUGCAGACUAUCACCCUGAAGAUCAACUUCUGCCCCGUUCUGUUCUCCGGCUACACGGACACGGAUCUGGCCCUAAACGGGCGCCACGGCGACGCUCACUGCCGGGGCUUCAUUAACAACAACACCUUCCCUACCGUGGUGCUCUUCACCAUCAGCCUGAGCACACUGGAGUCCUGUGGAAACUCGCUGGUGGUCUCCACCGCACAUGGAGCCAAUGCCUACGGUAACCUUUCCUUGGUGCAGAUCGGAAGUAUCUCAGGGUACAUCGAUACCCCAGACCCUCCUACCAUUAUCAGCUACCUGCCAGGACUGCUGUAUAAAUUCAGCUGCAGCUACCCUCUCGAAUACCUGGUCAACAACACUCAGCUGGCCUCGUCAGCUGCAGCUAUAUCGGUUAAGGAUGGCAACGGUACCUUUAUAAGCACCUUGAGCUUACUGCUUUACAAUGACUCGACGUACGUACAGCAGCUUGCCAUCCCCAUGAACGGGCUCACAUUAAAAACCCGGGUUUUUGCUGCAGUGAAGGCUACUAAUCUUGACAGACGGUGGAAUGUUCUGAUGGAUUACUGUUACACCACACCCUCUGGGAAUCCGAAUGACGAUCUUCGCUACGACCUCUUCUUUAGCUGCGACAAGGACCCCCAGACAACUGUUUUCGAGAACGGGAAGAGUCAAAUGGGACGCUUCUCCUUCGAGGUGUUCCGCUUUGUCAAACACAAGAACCAGAAAAUGUCCACUGUGUUUCUGCACUGUGUCACCAAGCUGUGUCGCGUGGAUGACUGCUCUCUUCUCAUGCCGAUCUGCGGUAGCAGGAAGAAGCGGGCGGCGUCCAUGAGAACGGGAUCGAACUCUGUCUCAGACAACGCGGUCAUAACAGCUGGGCCCAUAAUCACACGGAGCGAUGAAACUCCGACAAAUAAUUCACAGCUGGCCCAACUGAGCAGCCCCUCCUUUCAGCUGAACCCGGUGACCAGUGCUCUGAUCUCGGGCGUUGUGGUCCUGGGCGCCAUGAGCCUCUGUUUCUUCAUCUUCUCCCUCACCCUGCUCAGGGGCAAGGGGGCGAGCCCCGCCAUGCUGACAGGGAUUCAAAACCACGCUUUCAACUGA